CGUCAUCAGUCAGCCUCAUCAAUUCAAUUACUCCUCAUCUCAAUCAAUUCUCACAAUGUUAAAACCGUAUCACCCAGAAUCGCAUACGCCAGAGCUUUCUCUUCGCUCCAUUUUCUUCCACCCCUUCGCUCCAAUUUUAGCGCAUCACGUCGUCGCCAAUGGCAAAUUCUCCCCUUAAAUCCGACGCUUUGUUGGAGCAGUUGAAACAGUAUCUCACCACUGAUGCCGGUAAACAGAUCAUCGAGAAGGUCGGCCAUGUUUAUCAGAUCAACAUUGCCCCCAAGAAAAUUGGAACUGAUGAGGUCAUUUAUACCAUUGAUCUCAAGAAAGGGGAGGUUACCAAAGGUCCAUAUGAAGGAGGAAAGCCAGAUGCCACCUUAUCCUUCAAGGAUGAAGAUUUUAUUAAAAUUGCCUUGGGAAAGAUGAAUCCUCAGAUAGCUUUCUUGAGGGGUGCACUGAAGGUCAAGGGGAGCAUUGGCGCAGCACAGAAAUUCACUCCUGACAUUUUCCCUAAGCCUGCAAAGUUAUGAGCGGAUUCAAGAGGGAAACUGCUGUUCUUCAAGCUGCUCCAUGUUGUCAGGGUUGGGAGAUUUAUGGGUAUUUAGAACAAAGAAAAAAAGGUUGCUUCAAUUGUCUCUAAACCAAUAAUUUCAAUGUCAAAGUAUCAUCCCUAUAUUAUUGUAGGAUAUUAUGACAUGUUGAGAACUAUAUUUCCAUUUUUAAUAAUCACAUCAUCUUCCCUUGUUCAA